GCUAUGAUCUCAGAGUCUAGGAAAAGAAGAGGAAGGCGAUCGAGUAGAAUGAGGUCCUCAAACUCAGCUUUGGCUAUGCUCUUCGCCGUGGCUCUUGCCAUGGCCUGCACCAGUGCCCUAGCCCAGAACUCGCCCCAGGACUUCGUGAGCCCCCACAACGCCGCCCGCGCCGCCGUCGGCGUCGGCCCCGUGUCGUGGGACAACACCGUCGCGGCGUACGCCCAGAACUACGCCAACCAGCGGGCGGCCGACUGCCAGCUCGUGCACUCCGGCGGGCCGUACGGCGAGAACAUCUUCUGGGGCUCCGGUCGCGACUACACGGCGGCAGACGCCGUCAACGCCUGGGUCUCCGAGAAGCAGGACUACGACUACAACAGCAACAAGUGCGCCCCUAACAAGGUGUGCGGCCACUACACGCAGGUUGUGUGGCGUUCGUCCACGGCCAUCGGGUGCGGCCGUGUGCGCUGCAACAGCGGCGCCAUCUUCAUCAUCUGCAACUACAAACCUCCGGGCAACUAUGUGGGGCAGCGCCCUUACUAAGAUCACUCAAUAACUACAAGAAUAAAACACUGUGUUCUAGGGAUACGAACAUGGUGCAUGCCAUGACAAUAAAUGUGACUUGAGAAGGAGAUACAUGGAUGAUGCUUAGAUGAAAUCAGCUUUGUCGAACAUGAUA